GAGUACAAUGGGUGCGCGAUGCGCACUCUGCCCCCAAACUGCCCCGCUUAGGGCAAAUAUUUAAUUUUGUUUCGUUUUUGUAAUGGUAUAUUUCCAACCAAAAAUCUCAUGAAUUUUUCAAAUUUAAAACCCCUGAUUUCAAUAAACGGAAAAGCAAGGAAAAAAAAAAUAGAAAAUUUCAGCUAUACAGUGUAGAAAGCCAAAUCCAUGGCGUUGAACAACAAACCCCAAGACCUGGAAGAGAAAACCCGAUUCAACUUUCGGAACCCUGAGCUAGGGUCCAACCCCGAGGAAGAAGAUUUGGAGAAGCUCGAAUCGGAUGUGAAGCAACUGGCAGAAAAGGUUGCUGAAUAUAGAGCAACUCUCCCAGAUCAGCUGAAGAACACAUUGACCUCGAUUCUCUCUGAGCAUAGAGCCGUCUUGCCCCGCACUGCAACUGGUUCGGAGUCUGGACCAUCAGGGGAAGAAAAUCCAGGACACUUCCAAUCUAUUAAAGGAUCACAACAAAUGCACAUUGAGCUAAAAGAUGCAGAGAAAAUGCGUCUGUUUGAAGACAAACUUUCUAGUAAUAUCUCUGCUAUUCCUAUUAUUGUGAAGAGGAUGAAGGAUUGUAUAGCUAGAAUAGACAAACUAGAUUCUUCCUCUGGAACAAUACACCCAGCUUUUAGAAAGAAACCAACCAGCUGACCUUGUCAUUUUAUGUUCUUCAUUUAGUUGGAGGCGGUUCAAAGAAGAUCUGCUGGUGUUUCUGUAAUUGAGUCACUGAAUGACCUUGACUUGUAAAUUUGAUUUAUUUCUCCCGUGAUUGGAGAAUGUAAUCUUCCUGGCAGAAGUUCUUUCACGAUUCUGAGCUGGGGAGUUUCAGGUCUAGUCACGGAAGGAAUAAUGUUGAUGACAUGUGCAAUGUAACUUUGUCAAUAUAUACAGAAAGCGCCUGCUUUACUAGUCAAGGUAUGAUGUGUAUGGUAGGAUAUUCUCAUUUUUCUAUUUGGCUGUUUUGGCUUCUAA